CAGAGGUCGCAGGGCAAAAAAAACGCGAGGAACCAAAGUUUGUACACUUUAACUCUGUUCAUUUACUCCAGUGAUAUGUCACUGUUUAUGUACAGUUUGAGUUUACUUCUUCAUUUACAAACUUACCAUGAUUGAUUCCACGCUGGAUCCGUUACGUUUGGGUACAGUAACGCCUGUCCUGGUUUGUGACCAGAAACGUCGUGCGCGGGCUAAUACUGCUGGGCGUCCGGUUCGGAAGGAGUCGGACUCCCGGGAGAAUCAUGACCGCCGGCGGCACGCGCCCUGGAGCUCGAGUGAGUCACCCUCACAUCUGGAAACUAAACCAGUGAUCCAGGACAAUGUGGGACAACAUGUGGAAAAGGCGACUACAGAUGACCCACCAAAGAAAGUCGACCAAUCCAUUAACCGCAACCCUCCAGAUUCCACAGGAGGUUGUAAGAGUUGGCCAGUUUGUCGUACGCAGGCUGGAAAACGAGCAGAUAUCGUUUCCCUGAGGAAGCAUCUGGGCCACGCCAGGCUUUUGUCAUCAGCAAUUAAGCGGGGCCAAAGCUACUUCCACCUCUUGCAGAAAGAGGAACAGGAGGAGCGGGCGAAAGUGGAAAGGCAGCGGCUGAGCAGGGAGGAGCAGCGGAAAACAGAGCCACGACCUCCCAGUUUCUCCUCUGACUCCGACAGCGAUUCAGAAGGGUGGCCUCUGCCUGCAGGAAGCAGCUGGUCAGGUGUGAAUGAAGCCCGGCUACGCAGGAAGAAGAGCCAGUCAGCACGACCUUUCACCCCUGUCCAUCACUCCCUGACCUCCCCUCUGCUGAGCCAAGCACCGAGGAAGGUCAUCUACCGCCAGCUCUGCUGUCUGAAUUGGCUGCUGGAGGCCUUGACUCUGGAUCGCUCCGGCAGAGUCGGCCCGCUCACCGCCUGCUGGGACCCCAAAGACCCUGGCCGAGGCAGGACCACGAUAAAGACGCUGAAAAAAGAAAGAGCCAUUGAGAACAAAUGGGAGCAGUUUAUUUCAACCAAGCCUCGGAGAGCUCAUCCCAGGCGCCAUCGCAGCUCCUCUGCUCGCCUCCACACUCACAGGGAGUCUUCCUUCCUGAGUGUGGCCUCCCUCUCUACCCUCACCCCCAUCCCUGUGGGCAGCAGUGUGUCCUCUCUGGUACCCGGUGCUGAGGAGGACACCGAGUCUCCAGGAGCACCUAGGGAGACAGACCGGCCUCCCUCAGAGUGUCUUCGCACACUGUCCGAUGACCAGAAAGUCAAGAAAACGAGCCAAAGCUCACAAACCAGCAGCUGUCCUGCCAAGCCCCCGUUAGCCGUCAGCAUCAACAACAAGGCCAGCAUGCUACGGGAGCUGAAAAGUGCCUUUAACCAAAGGGUUAACGAGAUGUCUCAGAGCUACGUCGACAUCCUGGAGCUCAAAGCCAGGGAGAGGUUAAAUAGCGGUCUCCAGAGGUAUCGAGCCCUGUGUCACGUGACCAAAUCCCAUGGCCUUCCUCAUCAUGUGACCUGUGUGUCUCAAGAGACAGAGGCUCCAAACAAGAACAAUAAAAACAAGCACAGCAACAAUAUGUGGCUGUCCACUCUUCUGGGCAGCCUGCCUGAGGAGGUGUGCAGGGUACGAGCGGUGAGCCGGGUGCUGGAGAAGCUUAGUGGCUUUGCAGAGCAGCAGACCCUCAGGGUUCGGCCUCAGAUCCUCCUGAAGGUGCUGGGGGGUCUGGAGCCAUGGGAGCUCUGUCUGCCUGAGCUGUGUGUGGCCAUCCAGAUUGCCACGGAGCAUGUGGUCCAGAUGCCCAGGGAGGAGUACAGUGCCUGGCUGUGCUCAAGGGUCACCCUGCCCCCACAGUACCACCGUGCCCCACAAACACCAGGAACAUUUGUCCUGGAAAGACCUACUUGACUCAGUGACCACCAAAUGUGCUUUAAAAGCUUUUUAGAACUGGCUAGUGUGAAUCACUAUCACACACAGUACAGUAUGUUCUGUCUGUAGAGAGCAGUUAAACAGACAUUUACAUGAAAGUAUAAAAGGCCACUAUUUGAAAUACCUCUGUUGACCCCAGUUGACAUAAACAAUCCAAUUGGGUAAUGGAUGAACAAUCUAAUAUACCGACACUCAGUUGUGCUGUUGAACUCAGUCAAACACUCACAGUGGCCUUAAACCCCGCCUCGUCUCCUGAUGGGUUUGUGAAUAAAAGAGGCUGACCUUCAACUCUGCCUGUUAGAUAA